AUGGCGCGAUUUGCAAUUGAGCAUUUCUUCACUUACUAUGCCAAAAGAUCGGACAAGAAAAGGCCUGUAGUUGUGGUUGAUGGUGUGCAUUUGAGUGGAGCAUAUAAAGGUACAUUUAUUUCCGCAAGCACUCUUGAUAGAGCAGGACACAUUAUGCCGAUUGCGUAUGGUGUUGUUGAUAGUGAAAAUGAUAAUUCGUGGACUUGGUUUUUCGAGAAUUUCAGAAUUGAUAUUGAAGAGUGCGAUAGUAUGUGUGUUAUAUACGACCGUUAUAAAAGCAUAAUAAAGGCUGUGAGUGUUGUAUAUCCGAAUGUGCCGCACCUCCCAUGUAUUUGGCACUUGUGGAAGAAUGUUUGCACAAACUUCAGGAAGAGUAAAGAUAGACUUAGCGAUAUUUACUAUGCUAUGACCAAGGCUUACCGCAAAGAUGAGUUUGAUUUUUUUUGGAAUCAAGUUGGGAAGAUUGAUAAGAGGGUAAAGUAUUAUCUUGAGGAUACUGGAUUUGAAAAGUGGGCACGCGUGUAUGCACCUAUUAACCGUGGUAGAAUGAUGACUUCAAAUAUAGCGGAGUGCAUAAAUGGUAAAUUGAAGUUAGCACAUGAGUUGCCGAUAAUAGAAUUUUUAGAGCAGGUUAGUGCGUCAUCAACAUAUGUAUAUUCUGUUUACGAUGACGGAAGAAAGUACAUAGUAUGUCUUGAUAGGAGGACUUGCACUUGUGGUAGAUUCCAAUUGGAUGAGAUAACAUGUGAACACGCGAUUGCAGUACUAAAGAGCAAGCAUGUAGUUGAUAUGAAGCCUUAUUACUCAGAGUUUUAUUAUCUUGAAACAUUAAGGAAGAUGUAUGAAAAAUCUAUGUUUCCAAUGCCCGAUAAGAAGGACUGGAUUAUGCCACAAGAAUUUAUGGACGAAGUUGUGUUACCACCAAAAUACAAACGUCAACCCGAAAGGCCAAAGAAAAACAGGCACAAAAAAUCAAGUGAAACAAUGACAUCGAGUAGUAAUUGUUGCGGGAGAUGUGGUUAUGCAGGUCACAACAGGCGUACUUGUAACUUCUUUCCAAAGAAGGACUGA